CUCCCCGUGACCAUAAUAACAUCCAAGGUUCGUGACCGGAAAAACUUGAUUCCUCUAAGCCAGAGUCCACAAAGGUGUGCCACCUCUGUAAAGCACAAAGAAGAUAAGACAGUCUAAUUUUACCAAACAGAACAAUGGAGCCCCAAGAAGACUGGAAUACAUCAGAGAAAGCCAAGCUGUUGCAGCCUGGGCCGCCACCAUACCAGGACCAUCUUAGACAGCCUCCUUCAGGGAACUUCCAGAGCCCUUCUGGCUAUCAAUCCCAGCAAUAUGGAGCUUCAGGGCCAUAUGUCCAAGGACUGUAUCCAGGACAUGCUGCGGUCACUGUGCAACCUGCAGUUUAUGUGACCACCACUCCACUGGUGUAUCCACUGCCAGAUUACCUGGGCUAUUCCAUCUUUACCAUGCUGUGCUGCUGCUUACCUCUGGGCAUCGCUGCACUGGUUUUCUCCAUCAAUACUCGGAAUGCCAACAUGUCUGGACAACAACAGUUAGCAGAGAGAAGCUCCAAAAUGGCGUUCACUCUUAACAAUACUGCUCUUGGUAUUGGCAUUGUCAUCUUGGUGUUGUAUGUCACUCUCAUAAUUGUCAACAAUAAAAACCAAUCAAAUCCAUAACUGUUCAGGACAUCAGAGUUGGACACCAGGAAUGGGAAGAUCGAGGGUUUUCUAAAAAAUAACUUUGUAUAAUGACACAACUAUAAAUUUAAAUGAAUUUGCAUUUUUAUCUGAAAGAUCAGUCUGGCUCAUCUCUAGUAUAAAAUUAUUCAUGUUACUAAAACAUGCUUUAUAGUUGAUUAUUUUACAGCAUGUUUCAAAGCCAUUCAAACUGUGACUCUCAUUGUAUAAAUAGUGAUGUUUGUUUUUCUUCCUGUCUUUUGAUUAUGUAUUUAAUUAAAACUUUCAUUGACCAACAA